GGUCGAUUUGAGAAUACUGAUAAACACAUUGCUGUAGAUCGAUGCAGUAUUCUCAAGAUGGGUCAAUCCAGUCACACAUUAUCGAUAUAAUAUGCACCUACGUAGAGAUUAAGAUAUCACAAUACCUAUAGUCUAGGAGACGGGAACGAUGGCGAUCAACUCCCCACCGCGCUCCCUGAUGCUGGGCGGCGACCUGGCAGGGUCGUCUCAGGGAGCCUUCUCGGAGCGACCUCCCUCCCCACCCGUAGUGACCUACGAGGUGGCGACCGAGGGUCGCUCAACGAGGUUCAGCAUUCCUCCCUCGUCCCCAAGUCUAGGGGAUGUGCAACUAGAGACCCUGGUCACCUUGCCCGCUCAGGAUCGAGCUCGCAUCUCGGCCGGUUCUGAGGAUGACCUCAAUAACCUGGUUCUUCUGAAGCUUAGCCAGGCCACGCUAGGGAUGAUCGAGCUCGUCGGCCGGAGGCAAGACCGCCAAGCGGCUAUGGACAAGGCGAAGAAGGCUGCAGAAGACGCUAGAGGGAGUUGCAGGAGGAGGUCGCUCACCUCGCAAGGGAGUUGGAGGAAGAGAAAGGUUGCUUUUCCAACCUGGCCUGGUGCUCAAUGGAUGGUCAAGGAGUCAGAGAAGUCCUUCAACAACGGGCUCUUCCAGGCCCAACUAGUUUUCCGCGACAAGCUAGCUCGGCUUCCCAAAGGAAUCUCCUUCCCCGAUCUUGGUCUUCCUCCUCCUUGUCGCGCCUUCGCUGAAUUCGACCCCAGUCCUUACCUGGACGAGGAGAGUUCGAGCGCCUCCGUAGAGGAAGAGGAGACUGCUGUGAAGGCGACCAAGACGGGGAAGGCGACCAGGGGCCUAGGGCAAAUCUGGCGACGUCCAAGGCGGGCGGAGCAGCUCGGGCUUAUAACUUACCCCAUUCUCCCCUUGUACUUUUGCCCUGAAACUUGUAAAACUUAUGAUUUUUUCCUUUUUGAAUGCCUUGGUGUUUUGAUACAAUAUCCUCAUGCUUGCUAUUUUAUUUUACUCAUCAUGUGCAUUUACUUUCCUUGUGCUUUCUUGUUGUACGCGUUUCUUUUAAUCGACCCACCGUGUGUAUGCGUAUGGGCCUCCAGCCUUGGCCCAACUUCUAUCUUUGGCCCAAUUGCAUGUCUGGGCCCAGCCUCGAGACCUGUUGCCGCCCAACUGUCCCACUGCAUUCCUUACGGCCCUUGAUUGGACCAUCGCGCCGCUCAUGGUUACUUUAUCGAACCAAGAAUCAUAAACCAAGAAAUUGUUGUUAAAACUACAAAUUAAUGACUCUAAAAUGAUCUGUGAACAUUGGGGAACAUUCCUAUAUAAUUUAAUUGAAGUUUGGUAAUUAAAAAUGAUAAUGUUAA